UAUUAUUCCAAGCCUUGGAAGCCUCUAAUUAAAGCGAAAUUGGCAAACCCCACCAAGUAUUCAGAUUGCGUACAUUGGUGCCUCCCCGGAGUGCCUGAUGUUUGGAAUGAGCUCCUCUACGCUUACAUUUUUCAUUAUGAUAAGUUCAAAGAAAAAUUGGAACUUUGAGACUUCUUCAAUUUACACAGAAUUUGUAUAGUAAAAAGUUUGACUGUCACAUAAAAUUUUUCCUAAGGGGAAAAAUGUAACUGACACAACAAUAGGUUACAAAGUAAAAAUAAAAAAGUGAAAAAUUCUCCAUGAACCAGACAUUGAAUGAUUUUGAACUUUUAUAAUUGGAAUUGAACAUGAAGGCUUUUACAGGUUGUGGGAAUAUGGAUAUAGACAUUUUAUAAUAUGGAUCACUAGUAGUGUCACCUACUAGUUUGGUUGAAAUUUAAUUUCUCAUGUUAAUCAUGUAAUUAAGGAAGCGGGUUGCUCAUGAAGUAGCCAAUUAAGAACAAACCAAACAGAUAAAAAGAAAGCCCUAAAUUCAUGAUUGUCUAAAAGAGUGAUUUUUCAGGUGUGUAGGCCAUUAAUCUUAUUAUGAGCAAAAUUUCUAGUUAAUAAGGGAAAGAUAUAUGUAAACAUAUACAAAUUAUUUCUCAUAUAAAAUGAUAUCAGAAGUAUAAAAAUGAAGGCGUAGCGGCCAAUUCAAGCCAACAUAAAAUAAUUAGUUUUAAAGGAUCCUUUACAUGGAUUACCAAACAUUUAAAAUAGCUGGUUGGGCAUGUCUAAAGAUGAAAAAAAAAGGGGAGAAAAUUAUACUUGUGGUCUUUGUAUUUUGUAUUACGUGUCAAUUUGGUAUAUUUAGUUUCAAUUAUAUCAAUUUUUCUCCUAAAUUUUUUAUAUUGUGUCAAUUUAAUCCAAUUGAAAAUGCCUGUUAAUAAAAUGGGCAGAAAAUAAAUGGAAAAAUGAUCCACACAAAAUGGGACCAUUUUAAAUUACUCACCAACCCUUAAUCAUUUUAAAGACAGUGAAUGAAAUAUUUUGCUCAUUGAUUUCAAUCUAAUUUUUUAAAUGACAUUAUCAAUUGGACCAAAUUAACACAAUUUUAAAAAUUUAAAGAUGAAAUUGAUUAAUUAACUUGUUUUUAGGCUAAGCAUGCAAUACACAUAAUACGGUACAAUUGUUGGAUUUGGGGAUAAAUUUGUGGAGGAAAAAAUGAAAGAAAUAUAAUUUUUUUUUUUCACUUUCUCCUUUUCAAUUCUUUUCACUACACAAAUUCAAGAUCCAAGAUCCAAACAUGACGUACAAAAACGUAAAAACCUCAAGAAUUAAUAAAGUAUGGAGAAAGUUCAUAAGAUUGAAAUUAGGCUAAAAAUUAUGUGUGCGAAUCAUUUAUGUUUCACUAUGUCUAAAAUUUCCAACAAAACGUACCGUUAAUGCUCAAUUUAAGUAAUCUUAAUGGCACUUUAGUUCAUAAAGUGUCUUAGGUGCCCCAUUAAAGCUCAAUUACUUUCUUUCUUCUCAAUUAAACACAAUUUUCACCCACUAUUCAAUAAAAUGAGUAAUGUUACUUGGGUUUUGUGAAUGGACAUUACAUGGGCAAUUAAGAAGGGUAUCUUAGUCAAUUUACAAAACAAUACAUAACAUACUCUUUCUAUUGUUUGCAAGAAUCCAACCAUAUGGUUUCACUCCUAUUUUAUGAAAAAAUGUAUGAACUCAGAUAAAUGAGAAAUUGGAUGUGUAAAUUGUCCAGGCAAUAAUGAUAAUAUCAUGUACUUGAACCGAUGGCUCAGUCCUUCACAAGAAUGAAACUCGAAGCAAUUGAGAUCAAGCCAGGCCCCUCCAGCUGAGUUGAGCUCGGGUAAUGGGAAUCAAAUGGAACAUUCACUCUAUAACUUUGGUUUUUAUGGCAAUUUUGGUCCUUGGCAUUGUUUACAUUACCAGCGAAAGCAAAGGGUGGUUAGGUGAUCAAAAAAUACUAAAAACGGAGGGUAGAUCAUCAAGGCGUUGCAACUUGUUUUUGGGAAAAUGGGUAUAUGAUAACAAGUCCUACCCUUUAUACACAGAACAAAAUUGCUCAUAUAAAUUCAAUGGAUUGGCUUGUGAGAGGUCUGGGCGAAAAGAUUUGAACUACCAGCAUUGGAGGUGGCAACCUCAGGAUUGUGACAUCCCAAGGUUCACUGCUGUAGCAAUGUUGGAAAGGAUAAGGGGUAAGAGGCUUGUGUUUGUUGGGGACUCAUUAACCAGAAACCAAUGGGGUUCAAUGGUAUGCCUGCUUGAGUCAUUGAUCCCUCAAGGCCUCAAAUCUGUGUAUGCAAAUGGCAACUUUGCCACCUUCAAGAUCAUGGAAUACAACGCGUCAGUUGAGCAUUAUUGGUCACCAUAUCUAGUGGAAUCAAAGUCUGAUGAUCCUGAAGCCCACCAUUUAUCAAUGGAACAAAUUGUGAGAGUCCAGGGAAUUGAAAAGCAUGCCAAGCAAUGGACUGAUGCAGACAUACUCAUCUUUAACUCCUACCUUUGGUGGAGAAAAUCCAAAAUAAAGGUUUUGUGGGGAUCAUUUGAAAGUUCAGAUGGAAUUUACAAAGAAGUUGAGAUGUUGCGUUGCUUUGAGAUGGCUCUAGAGACAUGGUCAAAUUGGUUGGAAAUUCAUGUCAAUCGUACUAAGACUCAGUUGUUUUUCAUUACUAUGUCACCAACUCAUGAACGGGGUGAAGAAUGGGGAAAGCCUCCAAACCAAAAUUGCUACAAUGAAUCAGAACCAAUUUCAAAAGAGGUACAUUGGGGAAAUGCAACAGACUUCAAAAUGAUGCGUAUUGUAGAGAAAGCGAUAAAUGGAUUGAAAAUGAGAAGUCUGAAAGUACAAAUGAUUAACAUAACACAACUGACUGAGUACCGCAAAGACGGCCACCCAUCAAUCUAUUACUGGAAGUUUUGGAAUCCUUUUACUAAAUGGCAAUUGGCACACCCCACUAGCUAUGCAGAUUGCACACAUUGGUGUAUUCCUGGAGUGCCUGAUGUUUGGAAUGAGCUCCUCUAUGCUUACAUUUUUCACCAUGAUAAGUUCACGUAA